AGCAUGUAACCGUAAAUUGUUGAUGAUUGUCUCCAUUAAUAGGUAGAAAUGUAACGAAUAAUAUAGUUGAGACGCAUUUUUAGUUUUCCUAUCUUAAGUAGAAACAAUUUUCUAUUGAAAAAAUUUGAUUCCUCCACUGGGUAUAUUCGUCUUUCUUGUUUGGCAAAAGAGAAUAGUUUUCGGUAAUUUUUAGAAUAUCAAAAUGGAUUGCAAAAUUUGGUGAAUGUAUUUUUAUGUUUAACAUCAUUCAAUUAGGUAUUAAUUCAAUUCAACUACACUAAUUGGGUAUAUGAUUAAACCUUUAAUGCAGUGUGUCCAAUCUUUACAAAAGAGAGAAAAUAGGUUUAGAUUUUGAUUUAGAAAAAUCAAGUAGAAGAAUUUAAGAAAUUUUUAUAAGAAUUGGAAGUUAAAUAAGAAUGGGAACCAAUGGAAGCUAUUUAUAUUCCUAAUAAGGAUAUGAUUAAAUUAUUCAUUGUUUUUGAAACUUAAGAAGAUGCUCAAUAUGGUUUUAGCAAAAUUUAAUUAUCGAAAUCGAUUGUAAGAGAAUUAAUAUAUAAUUGUGUAGUAUGGCAUAUAAAAUGCUAAGAUGGAAGAAGUUGACUAUUUUGCUAAAUUUUUGAGUAUUGUUACAACAAAAUAACUAUAAUUUUAAGAAUAAAGAAUGAAUAAUAUGAGAAAGUACGAUGAUAGAAAUUAUGAUGAGAUUCAAAAUUAAUUUUAGAUUCAUUAAUAAUAUUAAUAAUAAUCAUCAUAGUAUGUUUAAUAAUAAUAACAACCUUAAUAAUGGUAGUAAUAGUAAACUUAAUAAUAAUAAUAAUAACCUUAAUAACCUUAAUAACAAUAAUAAUAACAAACUUAAUCAUAAUAAUAAUAAUAGCAACCUUAAUAAUAAGAAUAAUAAUAGUUUUACGAUUAUUAAUCUUUAGAUAUAGUUAGUUAAAGAUUAAAUUAAAUAAGAACAAAGGAGAAAAUAGAAUUAAAUUUUGCACCAUUAUAAGAAUAAUAAUUUUAAUUUUCCUUUGCUCCUAUAUUUUAUCCACCAUAGACAGAAAUACCUUUAAAUUAACAAAAAUUACCAGAAUAAGAGCCAAUAUAGGUUGAGAAUUUAUAGGAAAUACCAUAUGUAGAAUAGUAAAGUCAAUAACCAGAAUAAAGAUAAGAAAAAGAGACAGAAUCGAAUAAGGAAAAUUCUGUUGAUAAAAAUCAUGAUAAAAAAUAUGAUGAAGGAGGAAAUGAAUAGUAUUAGAAACCUUAUUAUCAAAAUAGAUAUUAGGUAUUAAUAUGAGAAAUUUAAAUAUAGUAAAAGAGAAGACCAUACAAUGAUUCACAUUAUCAUUAGAAUAAGUAUUAUGAAAAAGGGAAUAAUAAUAGAAAGGCUUAAUAAAAUUACAGUAAAAUAAAAUUCUUAAAUAGUAUAGAUAAUUUGGAAGAUGAUUUGAAAGAGUUUACAGGAUAUAAGAAAUAUUAAUAAAGACCUUAGAAAGAAUAUUAUGAGCCAAAGAAGGAAUCCUGAAU